AAUUAGUGCACCUCUGUCAUGAUUCGAGGUCUAAGACAGCAAUAUGAUGAACGGCUCAAUCACAUCAACAAGAAAUUACUCGAUUAUCAAAAAGGUAUCGACUCGUUUGCUAUAAUCAAUGAUUCCAACUUCCAACGACCGAACGACUCUAAAUCGACUCUUUCUGAGUUGGAUGAAUCGCUCACUGUGUUGAACCAGAAUUUGUCCCACUUGAAUGAAUUGUGGGUAAUAAAGAACUUGAUCAAGGAGAUCGAAGCAUACAUGGCUGACAUCAAUGAAGUUGUCUUGUCGUUAGAAUCCUUGUACAUUAAUUUCGAAAAUUUGCUUGGGAAGUUGUCCAAGUUAGACUCCAAUCUUGUUGUAAAGUCUGAGGUGUCUACAAAGACAGCCGAAUUAAUGGAUGAUUUGUGGGUUUAUUUGCAAGAAAUAUUUCAGAAGUAUAUGCCGUCAAGCGACAAACUCAAGCCAACUAUCGAUGGUGUAGAUGUGGGUGAGUUUUUAUCGCUUGUAGAGAAGUUUAGCAGUAUCAGCGAGAAGAUCGACGUGAAUGAACUUCUUGCUGAGAAUAAAGUAAUUUGGGAGUCGUAUUUGCUUGGUUUAGCAUUCAAGAAGUUGACAUUGAUCGACACCGACUUGCACAUAGAAGACACUGAUGGUUCUGUAUUGAGUGUGCUAGGCUCUAUUUUGAGUUUCAUUAGGUUUAUCAAUGCCAUAAAUGUUCAGUCGUUAAAGAACUUGUACCAGCCCAAGCUCAGCAACAAACUUAUCAAUUUGAUUUCUGAGAAUAUCAAUAUACUCGUCGACUCAAGUACGAACGAGUACAUUACAUUGGUGGAAAUCAUUAAGGUUGUCGAAGGAACCCACUGGAGGCUUUCAUUAAACUUAACGUUGGAGAACUAUGAUAGCAAGAUGAAGACGAUUUACAACAACUGGAUUAUGGAUAAUUAUAUUGACAAGAUCAGACAGGUAUUCAAGAGUGCUGAUUUCACGAAAGUAUCCGAAAUCAAGUGGGAAAUCGAUGGUAGCCGGUUUGACAACAUGAGAGAUCAAAUCACCACCAUGGAUAAACGGCUUGAUGUAACCAUGUCAAACGAGAGCAAAGUCGAGUCUAAAGCAGAUGAACAAGAAGGUGGGUGGAAUAGCUGGAACGAUGAAUGGGAUGAUAACGAAGAGGACCCAAUCCAGCCUACACAAGAACCGCAAGAACAUAAGGGAGAGGGCUGGGACGACUGGAACGAGUGGGAUGAGGAUAAGGAUUCACAGAGUAUCCAAGCACCAUCUACUCAAAAGGUAUCUUUAAGUGCCCUUCAAGAACAACCAAACCCGGUGUUAAACACCAUAAGAACUACGAUCAAAGUGUCGCUGACUGCUAACAAAUUGGUGGAGGUCUUGAACGAUUUCCUCAUUGAAUCCCAAGCAAACCUUGAUCCAUUGAUUUCAACAAUACUUUCGGUUUCUACUAUCACGUAUCCCAGCUCAUCCACCUCAUUUUUGUUGUACAAUGACUUACAGUAUUUGGCAAAGAAUAUGGACAAUGAACGUAUUAAUGGCUUUGCUGAGAGCUUAAUAAACCGGAGAAUGAAUGAAGUUGCGAAAACGCUUGUGCAAAUCUUGGUCAAGAUCAAGCAGGAAGAAAACAACCAUAUCAUAUUGACACAGCUCGCCAGCUGGUUUGAUAGCAUUUUCCAAACCGAGCUCUUGAACUCCAAUUUUUUCAAAUUCAAAGACAUAGUCUACUACGCAAUUGACUUUGUUUGCAAUUGGGUACUGAACCUCAUCAUAUCAAUAGACGAAGUCACGGAAUACAAAUCCCAAAAUUUGACGAAACUAAUCGAUGAGCUCAAUGGAUUCUUCAAUCAGAAGCUAUUGCUUCUUAACGAAACCAAGAGCUUGGAGUCAAUGGAAAGGCUCAGCAACGUGCGUUUCCUUAUCAACAAUCAUUUGGUGGACAUCAUUGAACGGUUCUACCAUGGUGAUUUUUACAACAUUUCUACGGGUGAACUCAUCUCAGUAAUUGAAAGUUGUUUCAUUAAAAGUGAAUUAAGGGACAACUAUAUAAAUGAAAUCGUAGAAUUCCGAAAUAUCAGUUAAUAUACAAUCGAGCCUUUCUUUAUCGAUUUACCGGUCUUCGCAAUGGUCUGGUAAACGGUAUCAAAGUCAACCGAAUCUUUAGUUUCCACAUCUACCGUUUGGGCUUCCAAAGACACAUCAAAUUUAUCCACGCCGUCUAACCGUUUCAAAACUCUUUCGACGGCCCCUGAGCAUCCGGAGCAAGACAUGGCGACCUCGAAAUGGAACUUGUGUCCUGACAUUGUGUAUUUGGAUGUUGAUGAAUAGUUGAGUUACAGUUCCCUGUCACGAUUCUUAGUAAUGUUCCCGGAGAUCGCACUC